AUGUUUUGCCAAACUUUACUUGACUGCACUGGGUUAACGCAGGAGGAUGGUUUUAAUUACUGUCAGGCUCACUGUGUUGGUUGUGAUAUAAAUAUGGAGCGGCAGGAGCUAGGUGGGGAGAAAGCCGAUAGAAGUUUUUACACAUCUGCGUUUGGAGCGCACUCGAGUCGAUCUUCGUCUUAUUUGCUGUCGGACACACCGAGCUCUCUGAGCCCCGAGCCUCUUUCUCCUUACGGAUCCUUUCCCAACGCAGGCUUUUCUACCAACUCGCAAGUUACUUUUGGGUGCCGCUUUGCCAACGGUUUCUACAGUUGCAAAGCUCCCCCAAGCGCUGUGUUUCAGCAACGAGUUAUGAACCACCACAGCGUUGAUGGGAAAGUAUAUGGACACUUUGCUGAUAAACAAGAUAUGGUGGAUUUCAGUAGAGCCGCAAUACACUGCGGUGAAGGUCCGACCCGGCUUCGGGAGGUUGGUGUGUACCAGGGCUAUGCAGGACCCUGUAGGAUCCCUGGGUAUAUUGAUGUCCCUAUAAUUCAGCGCUCCAGGACCAGAGAUCACAAAAAUCCUUUCGUAAUGGAGGACUACGAGCCUUGGAGCUGGUCGACCAGUUGGAGCAACCAAAUUUAUAGUCCGAAAGAGCAAACGGCCAGCCCGCAUAUCUGGAAAUCGUCACCAACGGAAGACGCGGCGCCUGAUACCGGCCCUUUUCUUCGGCUCGGGAGGAAGAAGCGGGUUCCAUAUACGAAACUGCAGCUGAAGGAGCUCGAGCACGAGUACACCAUUACAAAGUUUAUUACCAAAGAGAGACGACGACGGAUAGCCUCCUCCACUAACCUGUCAGAGAGACAAGUCACUAUAUGGUUUCAGAAUCGCCGUGUCAAGGACAAGAAAAUAAUUUCAAAAAUGUCUAAAGACUUUCAAUCUUUUUAAUGGAAUACCACAAACUAAUUUUAUACUCAAUGUCUUUUAAUGGCCUGAAGAUCCUUAUUUAUAGAAAUGUCCUAAUGUGCUGUUUUAUCGGUGUAUCCAUUUUAACAACUUUAAAUAUAUUACUGAAUAAUUUUAUUCUGCAAGCACUACUAUUGUUUCAGACACAUAAUUUCAAGGGUAUAAUAUAUUAAUCUUACGAUAUUUUAUUCUAUUGUAAGGCCAGUCCCGUUUCGUUAUAUAGUAUAGGCCUACACUUCAGUUUUCUUUAUACAGGUGUUAACACUGACUUGCUUCAACGGGAAUGAUUGAUUCUGUUGACAUAUAAAACAAGAAUGCAUGCACUUGAAGAUCUUGAACCCAUGCGGAAUGAUAUUUAAAAAGAAACUGAUAUUGCAACAACAUGCAGUACUGGUUUCAACCAUGUGUACAACGGAAGUGUUUGUGAUUUUGUCUUUAUUUUGUAAAACAUGAAACAAAACAA